UAUUUAAUAACUAUGGACGAAGUGUUAUCAUAGAUAUCAAAUUAAGUUUAUGAAUUUGAUACUUUGGGAUUGGUCUAGCAAUACAUAUUUGAAUUGUCAGAACAUUUCAAAGAGAAUCAUAAUGCCCAAGUGGACAUUUAGCAGUUUGUUAUGUUUUUCAUCAAUAAAACCGACGAACAAGGAAUUGAAGGAUUGAUACUGAUCUCUAAACUCAUUGAAUUGUAUCAAGAGAUAUUGUCUUAAUAAAAUGAAAAAAUACUGAAAUUGAGACACAUAACUGAUUAUUUGAUAAGCACUCAAGAAAUUUGUAGUGAAUACUUUAAUGCAAAAUUCCUACCUUCAUAAAAUAAUAAAAAUUAACUUACUCGCCGUAAUUUGACUGAUAUAGAAAUUUCACCUCCUGAAAUCUUAGGAUUGAAUCCUAGCAUGCUUAGAAGAUUGUAAACGCAACUCAAAAUUGAAAUUAUUCAUAUAAAUAAUCAAAUCAUUAAUGGAAUCAAAGGAGAUAACGACUUGUUCUUGAUUCUCUAAUUUUGCGAAAGUGUUUGUAUGCUACAUGAGUUUUAAUUUAAAAAGAUGUUGUAGCCCCGUAAUAUGAUAGACGGAAACUUUGUAGUUUAUGGCUAUUAUUCAACCAAACAAUAAAGACUAGGAGUAGUAUUACGUAAUAACACCUUAAUCUUCUGGGAUAAAAGAGAUAAUUACACCUAUGAUUACUAAAUCGAAACCUAAUUGGAAUUAUCGCACAUUGGCUAUAUUGAAAUGCAAGAUUAAUGGAUAACCUCUACUAAUAAAAGUCUUUAGAUUUGGAAUUUGGAACAAGCGAAAUAUCAAAACUUAUAAAAUCAAGUAUUUUCUGGAGGCAUAAUCCAAUUAUUGGAGGUCAUACAUCUAUAGAUGUUGCUGGUAGCCUCUAAUCCUAAUAUUAUUAGUUGUUGGGAUAUGUUUGAAUAGAAAUUUCUAUUUAAAUUUCAAGUAUCCCAUUAAAUACUCUACCAAGUUGUAUGUAGUAGACAAUUCCAAUUGAUUUUUACUAUUGGAUUCAACAAUUACAUAUCUUGUUAUGAAUUACAUGCUUAAUAUAACGAUUAUAAUCUAAAAUGCUAAUUAGUAGGUCAUUCUUCAACUGUUCAGUGCAUUGAGCAUAUAGAAUAGACUGCCUUGUUAAUAUCCAUAGAUACUAAAAAUGUGAUUAUAUUGUGGGACAUAAGAUCAUAAUAAUAGACUUAAACAGUAAAUUUGUAAACGAGAAUUCUUACUAGACAGUUAAUGUUUUAUUCAAAUAAACUAUGCUUGGUGGCAAAUAUGUUACAAACUCUGAGUUUUGAAAAGGAAUUGCAUUUGAAUAAAUAAAUCAAAUUGUUGCAAGUGAUCUAUGAUCAAUGGAAUAAAAGAAAUAUUAUAAUAACCAAGGCUGAUAUCCGUAUUUAGGACAUAAUAACAGGGAAGAUUUAGUAUAUUUUGAGUGACUUUUAAAAUGAGAUCUCUGCAUCAUGUCUAAUUGAGCAUGGGUAUUCGAUUAUCAUUGGAACAGUUGAAGGUGAUUUGUAUAAGGUUUCACUAAAACAUGGUUAAAUCCUGUAAUAAUGGGAAUCAUUUUUUUAGGAGGAAAUCAUUUCAAUUUAAUAUGAUGAGGCCUACAAAAUUUUACAUAUUGCGUCCAUUUAAGGAAUAUUGAAAUGUUUGCCUCUUACUCAAUUAAAUGUUUGUAAGGAUAAUAUCUUGAAGGACAAGUGGGCAAUACGUCAACUAUCAGUAAAUAUUUGUAUCAAUAUUUGCCAACUCUCAAUUGUGCAAGGCUUGUUAGCCAUAAGUUAUGAGGAUUUUAUUUAAAUUUGGAACUUGGAAUACUAUUGUGUAUCAAUAUAAAUAUAAUUAGAAGACAGUGCUACAGUUACCUCAAUGGUAUUUUGUGAUUCGCUGCCUCUCUUAAUUAUAGGCACUAAUUAAGCUGAUAUCUUUAUAUUUUAAUUAGUUUAGAAGAAUGAUAAAUUGUAAUGCUCUCUGGAAGGACAUCUAAAUAUCGUGAAGGCUGUUCUGAUUUAAAAAUUGAAGAGUGUAUAUCCAGACCGUAUAAGCAUCAUGAGCAACUUGUUCUCGAAGACUUCGACUGAAUUGAAUGAAUUAUAUGAUGAGGGGGAUGAACAAAUCGAAGUCAAGCAUCUUUUCAACAAUAAGUAUAAGCUAAUGACUCAUGGGUCCUUUGCCUCUCGCUUAUUAAUCUAAUUGCACGAGGAGGAACUGAGAUUAUACAUUGCAACAAACAGAGGGUCAGCCUUGGUGUUCAACAUUACACAAUUGCUUGAGAAGAAAGUAAACAUUAUCUUUUAUAUAUUUAGAGUGUGACAAAGAAACUUGAACAAAUCAGUCAAAGACCUAAUUACAAUCCUUACAGAGUGGUUUAUAAUGAUUUGCAAGGAAAUUUCAUUGAUAAUUAUUAAAUAGUCUAGAACCGUUUGAUUAAGGAUCAAGUGAAGAAGAGAGAAUCCAAAUUCGAGUAGAGUAGCAAAAUUAAAUAGAAGUUCAGGAAUUCCUUAAUCAGAUUCAGUAUUCUAAAGGGAUUGAAAGACAAUCCAGAAUUGGAUAUCACUCAUACUUUGAAGGACUCCAUUUUUUCAUUUGAUGAGUAACUGGAGACUGCAGAUUAAAUUCACAAUGACAUGAUCAUUUAAUUAAAUUUCCUUUAUGUUGAUCCAUACGAAAUAUUAUUUCAUAAAAAAACUGAACUCUUGAUCUCUGGAUGCGUAGAUGAUACUGUAAAAGUAUUUACAACUAACUUUAUUCAAAUUUGCCAAUUUUCAAUUCAUAAUCCCACUCCCUAUUAAUGGGUAUCAUUGUUGAAUGAGAGGAAUAAAUUAAAGACGACAAUAUUGUUUUCUUUAGAAUUACUUCAACAGAUUUUACCGCAAUUGAGUUCUGAGAAACGAAGGGCUUAUGAUAUAGAGAAUAUGUUAAGAUAAAACUCCAUAAAACAUUUGAGCAACAAUUAUAGAUCGCCUGAUGUUCUGACUAAGAAGGAACCUAUUGUAAAUCAAUAAAAAUUAAAAGAUUCUUUCUUAAAUAAACGAAAGGUGAGUUUAUGCAACAAUGUUAAGAUGCCUUAAUUAUCGCCUAAAUUGCCACCUUCUCUACGAUAUUAUGAUGAAAAAAUCAAAUAGAGUAAGUAUCAUCAAGAGAUUCAUCAAUAAGAAUUGAUCAAUCAACAAAAUUAAUAAAAACGAUAGUAAGGAAUUCAAAUUGAGUUUCAAAGACAAUAAAAAAAGGAGAUCAUUGAUUAUCUAACUCCUGAACCUAGCAAUAAUGGGAAAUUCUUUGAGGAUCUUUCAAUUUAAGCAUUGAGUUCUCGAUUGAAGAUAGACACAAGGACUCAUCAGAGCAAAAUAACUAAAACAACUAAUGAUACAAAAAGGACUUUCACUAGAUAAAGCUUGGAUUUUUUUGAUUAUGCUGAAAAGAAGGAGAUGUUAGCAACUAGGAGUAAGAUAUCUUAAUCUCGAUUUUAAGCAAGAAGGUAACACCAUGA